AUGGGACUGAAGGAGGAAAAGCCGUCUUCUGUCUGCACCUUUCCUCAGGAGACAGAGAGGCCGGAGCUCCUCUGUCACAAUGGUCUCCUUGCAUCUGCUGGUCGUUACGUUACUCGUCGCAAAUGCACAGCUUCCACCAACCCCCCUAAAGCGAGGAUUGUUACACUUAACUCUUCGGAUGACUUUACCCCUGGAAGGAUUGUUCCCAGCAGGAGACUCCAGCCCUCCAGGGGAAGGCGAAACCAGCCAGCAUUUGGGGUGUCUAGUGCAGAGAGCUCUGUGAUCUUUGUGGGCGCUUCCAGCUUUACCAACGCUCAUGUUAGAGAAAUAUCCCUCAAUGAUUCAGGCAACCCCAACUUGGGACCCUGCUCCAGGAAGCCCAUCUUUUGCUCCACACCCUCAGCAGCCUCCUUCGCUAAACGGGGACCAUCUAAACCCUUUGCCCUCCAAGGUCAGAUCACUUCUUCAUCUGUGUCGGCCAGCUGUGUCUCAAACACUUUUCAAGAAGACCUGAAUUCACCCCAGCAGCCCUUCUCACCACCACUGUCUGCAUCGCCCUCUGAACAGGACGGGAGGCUGCCGCGCAACAAAGAGCAACCCCCUGAUUUAUUCAUUGAAUCUAAAGGAGGAAGCUGCAGUGAAGGAGACACAAACUUGAGUGGAGACUCAAAGGCCCAGUAUGAUGUUGAAUUAGCCAGCAGAGAUCUUUUCUCCUCAGACAGUGAAAGCAGCAGUCGCUUUGUGUCUGCAGCAGGAGGCUUGGAGUGGCUAAUUGAGGCUCUGAAGCAAAAAUGUCUGAGCCAGCGCUGCGAAGUUCAACUGGAGAGAUUAUCCUUCCUCCCUGUGACUCAGCUUUGUGCCUGCGACGACCACACAAAUGUCGGCCAACUGUCUGAGAGUGACAACAACGAAAACUCUGCCUCUUCAAAAAUCGACACGAAAAAUGGAAGAUCCACCCGUUCAAAAGCAGCCUCUGGCAACAAAGUUGAGAAACUCCACAAACCCAUCUGCCGAGUGGAAAAAUCGUGUCUGGGUUCUAAAGAGAACAGGAGGGGGAGCGUCUUCCCACAACAGACCGGGACUGCGAGGAAGGCGUGCGUGAGCGGGAUAAGUGUGAGUCGAUGGAAGAACAAAGGUGUUGACGGAGGGACGCUGAGGAGCAGGGCGGCAAAGAAGGCUGCACCAUGUGAGCUGAUCUCAGUGCAGCACAUUCAGCCAAUGGAUUUGGGAACUACGAUCAAUUUCUUUACUCCAGUAAGGGCAAUCCAACUCAGCACGUUGUCUCUGCUGGCUGAUUCACCCAGCACACACACGUGGAGCCGGCUCAAAGCCUCCCGCUCUGUUCAUCGCAAAGGAUUAGUGCAAAUCACUCCAAAGAGUCCAUUCAUACGGUGCUCUGCAAGAAGUUUGGGGUUAGCAGAUGUCAGCCUUGAACUCUUUGCCACCCCCUUGCGUUCGAUGCUCCCCAGACACCUGCGCUCACAGCUGAUGAGCCAACACUCCGUGCCUUUAUGUGAAGAUGCAGAUCUGUCGGACGCAGAGAAGGUGUACGCUGAGUGCGGCCAGCAGCACCCUCUGCCCUGGGAGGAGUGCAUUCUACCUCACCGUAUGAAACGGUGUGUGAAGAUUGGAGAAGGGACGUUUGGUGAGGUCUUCUCCACCACCAAUUCUUCAGGAGACACCGUGGCACUCAAAAUCCAUCAGGACCUUCACUGGGGAAAUGUUUUGGUUAAAACAACCAAACAGAAGAUGGAAAGCUUCCUGCUCAAUGGAACGGCUCACAGUGUGGAAACCAAAGGCGUGCUGGUUCGACUCAUCGACUAUUCUCUCUCCAGGGUGGAAAUCGAUGAUCUGACGGUAUCCUGUGACAUCUCAAACGACGAGGAGCUCUUCAUGGGUCAGGGAGACUACCAGUUUGAAAUCUACAGACUGAUGAGAGAAGAGAAUGGAAACAACUGGAGUACUUACCACCCCCGCACCAACGUGCUGUGGCUCCACUACCUGUGCUCCAAAUUGCUCUCCAUGAAGUAUCGUAGCCUGAAGAGAAGGGCUUUCAAGACCGUGCACGAGGAGCUGACUUGUUUCCAUGGCGACAUCCUCCGGUGCAGCUCUGCCACAGAGGCUCUGCAGACCUGCUCUUUGUUUCAACAGCACUGA